AUGCCUUUCGGCACGAUCUACAGCUUCCCGGGCGACCAGCCUCGGACCAUCGCGAUCAAAGCGGUCGCCAAAGCCAAUAAUCUCGAUCUCAAAAUCGUUGAAGAGCCCAAGACCCCUGCCCACUUUGCGGUCAGCAAACUGGGCAAGGUUCCUGCGUUUGUCGGCGAGGAUGGCUUCGAGCUGAUCGAGUGCAUUGCCAUCGCCAUUUACAUCACCUCCCAGAAUGAGGAGACUACACUUCUCGGAAAGACGAAGAAGGACUAUGCCAAUAUCCUCAAAUGGAUGUCCUUCUUCAACUCCGAAAUCAUCGUCCCCCUGGUCGAGAAGUACCUUCCCUUGGUCGGCAUCCGUCCCUACAACAAAGACACGGUAGACAUGUUCACCAAUAUGGCCCAGGCAGCUGUUGACGUUGUGGAGGAGCAUCUGACCGGCAAAACCUUCCUGGUCGGUGAGGAGAUCUCUUUGGCCGACCUCUUCUGCGCCGGGAUUAUUUCCUUCGGCUUCGUGUUCUUCUACGGCAAGGAAUGGCGCCAGGCCAACCCCAAUGUAUCUCGUUGGUUCGAGCACAUUAUCAACCAGCCCAUCUACUCUGCUGUCACCGAGAAGGUCGAAUUCCUCGACGAACCGAAAUUGACCAAUGUGCCCCCC